AUGAAAAAGAUUGGUGCACUAUGGGGGAUUGGACGUAUGUGCGGACGCGUAUCUAGUGCAGUGCAGACUCCAUCCACUGCGAAUCUUGUGAUCUCGCCGUUGAGGUUCUGUUCCAAAGACGCUGAAGUGAGAUUACCAGUUGAAGAUUCUGUCUACCAUGUUCCACUCACAAAAUCUCAGCUGGCCGAGGAGCUUUCGAAACGAAACAUCAGGUUCGAGAAGGUGACGCACGGGAAUUUUCUGCGUGUGAAUUGUGUGUUUUGUGAUGCGGAAAGGUCGUGUUACAUUUCCGGAUUGGACAACACUGUGACCUGCGUCAUUUGCCAUGAAUUUCAGCCUCUCAACGUCUUCUUGACAGCAGCUGCUUCGAAGAAAUCAGAAAUUUCUGUUAAAAAUGAGUCUAUACGGGAGAAGCGACCUGAAGCAAACGAACUAUUGCGUUUGGUGGAGAAUCCGGAAGAAGUGGAUCCUGAUCUGUACGAUCGAGUGAGCUACCUCAAUCUCGUGAAUCAAAUCAAGGAGGAACAAAGACGGGAAGAUGGAUUGAACGCUGCAUUUCCAUUUGCGGUAGAUCAACAUAGUGCAAAACUGAAGAGUGCACCUCCUGAUCCACACAUUCAACGAUUGUGGGAUGAAAGCAUGGACAUAAGCGAUAUGUCUAUCAUGGAACAAAAUGAUAUGAAGCAAUUACGCACCAUGCUUGGCAUUGAUCGAAUAUCCGCGGAAACGUUGUCUUCUUACAAUGUUCGUGGCCAUUUGGACAAGUCUGACCAGGCUUCCAUCCUAUAUCCCAGAUAUCGUGGCGCUGCAUCGCAUAAUCGCGUUCCAGAAGGACUGAAACUUAUACGAAAAGUUGGAAAUACCCUGAAGAAGGAAAACUACCCUUUUGUGAACGAAUCUUCAACGAAUAUUCGCUUCUAUGGUAUAUUUGGCUAUCAUCUGAGUAGGACUUCCGAUAAUUCAAUUGUGCUGACGACAAACGAACGUGACGCUCUAGCAGUGUAUGAGGCAAGCGAUGGAAUCUUUGCCUUUGCCCUUCCUCACGGGGAGCAUGUGGACAACACAAUUUUACCGUAUCUCGAAGAUUUUGAGCACAUUUUCUUAUGGUUUCCUUCACAUCAUCAGAAUUAUGCCAAAGAGUGGGGCCAUAAGCUUGAUGAUGCUAGAUGCAGCUUUAUUAAGAGCGUCGAGAGACCAAUCGAACUUCUACGCAGUGGAAAAUAUAAGAAGGUACGUCGUAUUCUCUGGACGGAAUCGAUACGACUACGCUCCGAAGGCUUCCUAUGUAUAAAUGACCUCCGUGAACAUGUAAAGGCUGAUUUGGUUCACUCGGACGUCCGUCAACGCGGUUUCGCCCAAUGGAAACGUUUCGCUCCUCUAAAUAGAUAUCUACAAGGUCUUCGUCCCAAAGAAUUAACAGUCCUAACAGGUGGCACCGGAUUCGGGAAAACCACUUUUUUAUGCGAAUAUUCCCUUGAUUUGUUCACGCAAGGUGUUCGAACGUUGUUUUGUAGUUUUGAAAUGCCUGAGGAGAAAAUUUUAAAGUGGAUGCUUGUACAGUACGCAGGAGUGCCGUUGUAUCGUGCUGAGUAUAGUAGCACUAUUGACAUGUGGUUGGAUAAAUUCGAACGCACUCGAGGACCUCUGACUAUUAUGAAGACGAUCGAGUUCAGAGAUAAAAGCAUCAAUCAAAUUGCAGCGGCAAUAAGUAACCACGUAAUCAACAGCGGCUGUCAACAUGUUGUCAUCGACAACCUACAAUUUCUUGUAAAUCAGUCAACGAUGAGUGACGAACGUUCUACUAGUUUGGAUCGUUUCCAAAUGCAAGAUCGUUUUGUUGGACAUAUGCGUGCACUUGCGACACAACAAGGAGUUCAUGUGACAAUGGUUGUACAUCCCAGAAAAACCGACGCCAAUACAGACUUGGAUAUCCAACAUUUUGGCGGAUCUGCACGUGUUACACAGGAAGCCGAUAACGUUCUUGCACUACAGAGGCGACGCGAUGAUCUUGAUCGCGGAAAAUCCAGGAAGUUCCUGUACAUCCUGAAGAACAGAUAUGGAGGGCAGAGAGUGGAGAAAGAUCAGUUAGAAAUGUUAUUUCAGUCAUCCAUUUACUCACAUACAAUAGUUGAUCAUUCACUUAAAGUAUAA